AUGGCUCCACCACUGCCAAUCGAGAUCAAGGCCGUGAAUUACUUACGCACCUGUCCCCCCAUAAACCUUCGAAAGAACCCGCAUAGACCAAACCUUGCCUUGCAGCUUGAGGAUAUCCAAAUUGAUUUCCACCUACGCAGCUAUGGCAAAACUACUCAAUUUGGAACCACAGAUACGCGGCAUCCAAUGGCACCUCGGUUUGACCUCAAGCUGAGUGUCAUAUUAAAUGAGACAGGCGAUAAGAUUCUUCCCCCGUUGUCUCCAGCUAGCGAAGACGCGGCAACUUCACCAAGCGAGAUCGCCAGUAAAAGCUACAAUGCUAAAAGGCAAACCGAAAUAAAAGUCUAUCUUCGGUUCAUUAAGAAAGGCCAUGAAACCAUCAAACAGCUUGAAGCUUUUCAUCAAUACCGUAAUGACAGGGGCAAACUCAUAUUAGCCCAAUUUUACAGGCUUUGCGACGCUGGCACUGUCAAACAAUUUCGUGCAGCUUACAACCGCCGUCAAAGACGGCCACCUGAAGCAUUCUUGUGGAAACUCUAUUACAAGGUUAUUGAUGCUCUGGCUUUCCUUCACAAUGAUCAUCCGAAGUACGAGAACGAUCCUUCACACAAAGGGCGUAAGUCAAUUAUCAUGCCAUACUUAGACGCCGGGAAUAUAUAUCUUUCCUGGCCCGAGGGCAAAUCGCACGAUUCCGUGUAUCCAGAUAUAAAGUUGGGAGACUUCGGAGCAGUAAAACUUGUGGAUUUCGGUGAUGGAUUUUCAGAGGACAUCGACGAAAAAAAGGGUAUUGAUUACAAGCACAACCCCUCCGAAUUGAAUUGGUGGAGUGCCAAAAGUGAUAUUUGGCGUGCCGGCUCAAUCAUUUACUCGCUAACUUCGCGGAACGUAACAACUACUAAGCUAGCUGUUCCCGAAGACCAAACAUUUGCAGACCUUACGGAGGAACAGCAGACAAUGAUUACAAUGGAUCCCAGAAGAGUCCAGCCUAUCGAUCAUCUGUACAGUGGAGAAUUUGAAACUAUGCUUCAAAGGUCCUUGGUGCUUGAUCAUAAGAAGAGACCAUCCGCUAGAGAAUUGUUACAAGAACUCCGAGGUCCGGUCACAGAAAGAGAGGGCAAUAUGGACUUAUUUAGGGCAUUGCCUGAAUGGUUUGGAGACGAAAUAAUCCCAAGGAAGAAGAACGAUCCCGCAGACGAACGUAAUUUCUCCCAGGAAAGGCUCAAGAAAUUAGUUCAACCAGGAGGAUUGGAAGCAGAGAGAUUAUUACAUCGGAAUGAAAUAUUAGCCAAGAAAGCAGAGGCAGCUGAAAUAGAGAGGCGAGAGGUGGCACGAAUUAAGCUGGGUGAAGAAAAUCCAACAGCGUUUGAGCUAUUUUACGAGGAAUGGCUACCCAGAGAGGUAGAGGAAGGGAAUAUCACCGACAGGGGGGAUUACUCUGAGAAUUUCGAAUAUACAGAAGAAGUUGUCAAAUAUAUAGCGGUCAGGGGCAGAGGAAUAGAAGCCGGAACUUGGGUUGAUCCAGGCCCAUCUUGGCAAGAAGUAGUGAAACUCGGACAAAAACCUGAGGCCGCCCCAGCUUCUCCACCACCAUAA